AUGGUGAGUUUCCUGAAAAUAGUGAUGAUCAUGGCUCUUUUAGUGAUGAGUGUUAAUGCAAAGACGAUCCCAGAGUGUAAACAAACAGCUUGCAAGGAGAUAUGCAACGAUACACAGAGCAUGGUUUGUUUUAGAUGUGUAUUUGAUUGCGCUUAUCCUGGAUCAGUUGGGAAUUUUGGGAGCAUCAAACAAGACAUGAAAUGUUAUAGGAAAUGUGAAGAAACUUGUCUCUUCGACGAAGACUGCUACGAAAAAUGUACCAGAAAAUGUCAUUGA